UGACCUAUUGGCUAUAACAUUUUUCGGUUUAAAAACAUUUGACUAAUUUUUAAUAUGCCGAAUUAGGCGGAAUUUUUGUAACGAAACGAAUUUAUUUUUCAUAUUUCAGUACUGUGUGUAUUGAUAAAAUCUAAAAUGAUAUUUGUCAAAUAUUUGAAUUGAUACCAAUAGUGAUGGAAGAAAAUACAGAAAGACCAAAGGAAAUGAAGUUUUUCUUUGCGUUUAUUAAGACUAUAAAAGCCUUACUUUUAAUAUUCCUUAUAUAUAUUGUGAGUAACUUGCACUCCAAGUAUGUCAAUUUUUUAUUUGAAAAUGACAGAAAUUUCUUAUACCUCUCUGACUUGGAGCGUGAAAUGUCCUUCCGCACAGAAAUGGGAUUCUAUUACUCAUACUAUAAGACAGUUGUGGAGGAGAAACCAUUUGUUGCUGGCAUUUCUAAGUUGAUGUAUGAUCGAAUUGUCGAGUAUCCAAAAGAAGUAAAUGCGUUUAAUAGAUUUAAUAUACACCCAGAGGUCCUAGUAGGAGCUCUAUACCGUUAUUUAGCUCCAUGGCUCAAUACCACCACAUAUCGCCAGUGCCACAUCAUACACCGUGGAGAAGGUCACGAUCCAGUGGAAAGCUGUGUUGGUUUGGGACACCCAAUUUUCUUUUAUUUGGAGGCUGUGUGGAUCUUUGCUGGAAUUAAUGUUGCAGCAUUGUUUUUGCAUGCUUUGGAAUUAAGUGAAAGCUACUUCGGUGGUGGUCUAGCUGUUCUACAAUACUUUGCCAAUCAUGCGGAAUGUACACGGGUCCACUGGGCACCCAAUGAGAGGGAGAACUUUGCUGGGCCCUUAUUGUUAUUACAGACUUAUUUGCUGACCAUACAGAUACAUGACAAACGGAAUACAGUACAGCUACAGAUUGGAAUCUUACUACUCAAUUGCCUAUGUCUCCUAUUUUGGCAAUUCACACAAUUCAUAUUUCUUACCCAAAUUGCUAUAUUCUUUUUGAUGGAACAGUUGAGGGUUAUAGAAACACGGCAACUUUCUAUUUUACUACACUCCCACUAUUGUGGCUUACAUAUGGCAAUACUUUUACUACAAGGGAAUGAAAUGUUAAAAUCAUCGUUAUAUGUUUGUCUAUUUCUAGUAGUUUCUACAUAUUGUCUAUUCUUUAGUGGCCUUCGUAUAAAGGUCAAAAAUAGAUUUGACUUUUUGGUUGAGUCCUGGCUAGUUAUACUUAGAGUGGCUAUUGUUAUCUGUGGUUCGAUAUCUUUGAAAAAAAUAAUUAGCGACUUCCUAGAAGUGGAAGAGGACACGCAUGUCUGGGAGAUUCUAUUUUCAAAAUUCACAGAUUAUAAAACAUUCCAUACAAUGAUGUAUACUUGUUCCGAAGUAUUUGACUUCCUACCGUUGAGUUCUAUUAUAAAUAUGACUAAAACCUUUUUAAUUCCAUAUGUGUUAUUUGGAGUAAUAAACGCGGUAUACUUUUGGAUUAAUAAGAGCAAGACAGAAAAUGUUCAUAAGGGGAUAGAAGAGGAAAGACUGAUCGAUGACGAGGACAGCGGAAUUGAGAAUAAUGAAGCGAAUAUUCGUAAAGAGGAAACAGAUUUGGAUGUUUUAGAUAAGGAAAAAGAUAAUACAGAGAAGGAUAAUUUGAUACAAUUUCUCUCUGGUUUGUCUGUGGACGCUGCGGUAUUCUAUAAUAUAUCGCAGAUGGUUGUCUAUGGUGUUAUGGCAGCGUUAGUGAUGCGACUCAAGCUGCUAUUUACGACGCAAAUGUGCUUGAUGUCUUCUUUGGUGUUCAAGAAAAAGUAUUAUAUCUACCCACAUUCAGUUAUGAAGUAUUUAGUAUUAAUAUUGAUUGUGGGUAUUAUUCCUAUGCUGAGCAGUCUAGUCAACAAUGUCAGUAAGGAGAUGUCUCACGAAGGUGAAUUUAGUGAUUACAACCAAGAGGAACUUCUGCUGUGGUUAAAGCAGCAAGGGCCCGGGGCGGUAGCGGGUUCGAUGCCUCUCCUCGCCACGAUAAUGCUCACCACAAAGAGGCCUAUAGUUGCGCAUCCACACUACGAACAUUUGGAAGCGAGACAGCGUGCGUACACAGUAUACAAGAUGUACGGCCGAUUUUCACCGCACGAGCUCUACCAGGAGUUGAGCAAACUUCGCGCCACUUACCUCGUCGUUGAGACCAAGUACUGUUACGGAAGAAGCAGCAAAGGCUGCUCCCUAACCGAGAUAUGGGAUCUGGAGUCUCCGAAAAACCGCGAAUCGCCGCCCCUUUGCGACACGCUUCUAACAACGACGGUAGACCAUUUCUACCCGCUUUUUCGAAAUGCGCACUACGCUGUUUUUAGGAUACAUGACCUAAGUGUGAGGUAUAUGCCAAGGAGUUUUGACACUUGACAUCAACAAGUGAUGUGAACCUAAGAUUUUAGAAUUUGAGACUGACAUUGACAUUUCGUGAAAAUAUUUUUUUUUUAUUCACCCUUUUAUAAAUUUUUUGAAAUUAGGGAAUGCAAAUCCAGUAAUUUGUUUUCCCUCCGUAACUCGCAGAGAGGUUUCCAAGAGGCCCGAAGCUAGACUGAAGUGUCCAUUUGUCUUCUUCGGCAGUGGUAAUUUCCAAAUAUCUAUGGUGAAAUCAAAUUAUAAAAAUUAAACCAUAGUUUGUUAUCACAUUUUUAAUUAUCAAUCCGCGCCAAGAAUGACUCGUAUGUCAAAAAUAGCAAUUGUCAUACUUAGCGUUUAGUCUAUUCAUAAAAGAUUCUAGCUGCACUCUAUGAACUAAUCAUUCGUCUCUUUCUGUCAAAUUGUGUUAACGUUGUGACAGAAAGAGAUA